AUGACCACCGCAAUGGAAUCCUCGCAAUUCCAGUCCGAAAAGAUGACUUUCAGUGUCCUAUCAUCAUCAGCCCCUGUCAUGGCACCCCGAGUGGGCAAAUUGGCUCUCGCCGGCCGCAAGACACUCUCAACGCCGCACUACAUCCCUCUCACAUCGCGGGGCACCGUGCCACACAUUGCGCACGACAUGCUGCGCAAGGAAACGGCCUUGAACAGUCUCUACAUUGGACUGGAAGACUUCAUCACCAAGAAAUCCCCCUCACCCGUAUACAACGUCCCCGUGUCCGAAGACGAAUCCCCGUUGCGAAGAUUCAUCUGCGCAUCCGACGACAUGCCCCUAAUCCUCGCCCCACGCCGCUAUCCCGCAAUCCCCUGCCCGCCCAAUAACACCGACACCUCAAUCGCAAUCCUCACCUCAGUCGGAUUCCGCCAACUUCCCGCACACCAAUAUCUCGACUCAGUCCGCUCCCUAAAACCCGAUAUCGCCAUCGGGCUGGCAGAUAUAGUAUACGGCCGCGAACCAGGCGUCAAAAGGCGGGCAAAGAUGGUCGACCGCACGCACGCAUUCACACAAGACGCACUGGAAAGACUAUACGGCAAGGCCGUACCAGCGGAACAAAAGGCCAGCGCUGCGUACUUCGCGCCAGUACUGCCGUUGGAUAAUGCGCAGCAGUCACUUUAUCUAGAUGACCUGCAGGAUGAGCUGAAAAGUCGCAUUUCCGGACUCGCGCUGUACGAGUCUGCUUCCCUGUCGCAAAUUCCUGAAUCAUUGGGCGCCCUGCCUCGUCUAUUGCUCAGCCAGCCGGGCAGUCCUCACGACCUUCUGCGGGAAGUUUCUCUCGGCGGUGAUCUGAUGACUCUUCCUUUUGUUGGCGAGUGCUCGGAUGCGGGCAUUGCGUUGGACUUUACUUUCCCCGCUCCGUCAGAUGCGACAGUGUCAGCUUCGGAGCCCAGGGCCCUUGGCAUUGACUUGUGGUCUGCGGAUAAUGCGAAGGAUGUCUCUGCCCUAAGUGAAGGCUGUGAGUGCUACGCCUGUCGGAAGCAUCACCGCGCAUACUUCAACCACCUGCUCAAUGCGAAGGAAAUGGCCGCGUGGGCUCUGCUCCAAAUGCACAAUUACCACGUCAUGGAUCUUUUCUUCGCGGGCGUGCGGGAUAGUAUUCAGCGCGGGACAUUUGAGGAAGAUAUGCGCUCUUUUACCCGUGUAUAUGCGCCUGAGUUGCCUCAGCGGACUGGCGAAGGUCCUAGGUUGCGCGGCUACCAACUUCAAGCUGGUCCUCAUAAGCGCGGACCACGCGUGUACGGGCGUCUGGAUGAUGUUUCGCAGAAAUUCGCCGAGUCUCAGUCUUCUAUUGCGACGCCAGAUACUGAUGCCAGUGGACUUGAGCACCACGGGUUCGCUCAGAAGGCAUAA